AUGAAUCCAAUUAGCACUGCUUGUCAUAGUUUAAUUUUAGAAUGGUCUCGAAUGGCAACAUUAAUUUCCUCGAGAGUCGAAAAGUUCAGAAAAAAAAUAACAAAAAAUAAUCUCGACAAAUUAUGUGAACAAAAAUUGGAAUCACGAAAAUUUUUAGAGAAUGAAAAGAAAAAAUUUGAAAACGUACGACGGAAGGCUCAAUGUGAUUUAGCAGAUAUCCAAUCAAAGUAUUUAGCACAAGCGUCAAAAUUUAAGAAAUUAAAUGAAAAUUCUAAGAAUAGUGAAGAGACACAACAGAAAACUGCUGAGUUGCAUCGAAUACACAAUGAAUACAUCCUGAAAUUAAAAGAAGCAAAUUUUGCCGAAGAACAAUAUAUCAAUUCAUUGAAAAGCGUUUUAGUAUAUCAUGAAGAUGCACAAAAGAUUUUGAAUAAUUCAUGGAAACAAGUAUUAAUGGAGCUUGCUGAGUAUAUGGAUUGUACACGUUCAGAAUUUAAAGACAUUACAAGCAAAUCGCAUAAUAUUGUGACAGAUAUUGUUACAGAUUCGUGUUAUGAUGAAUUAUGUAUAAAGAAUAACACGUAUGAUUUAGUCAUUCAAAAAUGCAAACUAAU